UUUUACAGUUUAAAUUAUCUAAAUCUUUAUCAGAUAUUGCUGCAGAAUGCAAAUCAAAAUCUGUUUCUAGUGCUGGUUAUAAAUUUAAGGUUGGGAUAUCUGAUUUUGCAAAUAAUGGGAUCUGA